CUCGUCCCGAGCCAACGCGUUACUCCUCGACGAAAUGGACAUGCAGGCCAACCCAACAUAUUGUCGGGAGUGCUCGAGAUCGAUAGCCGCCAAUAUUCAUAUAGACCAUUGCUUUCGCGCUCAUUUGUAUCUCCCCUUUCACAAAUCCCAAUCCUGAGAACCAAAAUGCACAAAAUAGCAGCCCUCUUCGCUCUGUCAUCAAUCCUGGCAAUAUGCGUGCAAGCUAUCCCCACGCUUUACGACAUCGAAUGCAAUCCUGCCAAGGUUGAAUUGGGUAGCUCCGUCAACAUCACAUGGAAGUUGCGAGAAGACAAAUCGAAGCCUUCCCGAGGUGUCUUCUCAUGGCAGAUCUAUGCGCAGAACGCGGUCACCAAAGCAUUCAAAGAUGAAAGUGGGAUCCCAGUGAAUGGGCCUCAGAGCACCAACUUGCUGACCGACGGCGUCAUUACGGGCGAUCUGAACUGGUAUCAAUACGGGCCACAUGGGCUGGUCAAUUACACGAAUCAGAAACUGUGCCUUUCCACGAGCUUGCCGUAUGGGAAGGACGUUGAUGGUCUCGGAAAUCCGGAGGGAUACAGCGAGCAAACGUUUUGCCCCCUCGACUGUCGAGUAAAGCGACCGUCGCGAAACUACACGUACUUUACAAAGCUGGACUUCACUCCAAAGCGUGUGCACGUAGGAGAUUCUCUCAAAAUCACCUGGAAGUACAAGAAAGGAUUCAACUUCCCCGACAAUGUACUGCUCUCAAUAUUCUUCUACUCGGAGUACUUUGAGGAGCUGCCACAGUAUGUCAUCAACAAUGUCGACGCAAAGAAGGGCGUUUACAAUCUGAGAGUGGGUCAAGCGCUUCGAAGUUUCGUCACCAAAAACGCAGCCAUUGUAAAGGGAAAGUUCCCCUAUCGACUGUACAUGCAGUUAACGUUUCCGCCGCAAACCAACGUGCUGGGUAACGUCGCCGCACCGGGCAAUCUGACGAUCUUGGGUCGUCAACCGUGCGCAAAGAAUCAAAGCGGUUGCCGAAAGCGGACAAAUCGAUUCACAAGACUGGCAGAUAUUGCAAACGAUGCAAUGUUCGAGUCAGAAUGAUAGAUUUGUGGGUUACUGGGAAACAAUCCCACUUGUACACACUGUAGAGCCGUGGAAAACUUGACUGCCUCCAUAUUCGUAUAACGUCCGCACAAUGGUAUACCCGAUACACGCCCA